ACUGGGGAGCGCGCCCGCCUCAUCAUUAUCCUUGUCCUCCAGCUUAUCCUUCGCGUCCGCCGCAACCGGCAGCAGCGCUGCCGCCGCGUCCUCUGCCGCCGCCCGCUCUUCCCACGGAUGUGAUCUUCGUGGUGGGAAGCUAAGUUUUUAAACUACCCCAAUGGAUGCAGACAGUGAUGUUGCACUGGACAUUCUAAUUACAAAUGUAGUCUGUGUUUUUAGAACAAGAUGCCAUUUGAACUUAAGGAAGAUUGCUUUGGAGGGAGCAAAUGUAAUUUAUAAGCGUGACGUUGGAAAAGUAUUAAUGAAGCUUAGAAAGCCUAGAAUUACAGCUACGAUUUGGUCCUCAGGAAAAAUUAUUUGCACUGGAGCAACAAGUGAAGAAGAAGCUAAAUUUGGUGCCAGACGUUUAGCCCGCAGUCUCCAGAAGCUGGGAUUUCAGGUAAUAUUUACAGAUUUUAAGGUUGUUAACGUUUUGGCAGUAUGUAACAUGCCGUUUGAAAUACGUUUGCCAGAAUUCACAAAGAACAAUAGACCUCACGCCAGUUACGAACCUGAACUUCAUCCUGCUGUGUGUUAUCGGAUAAAAUCUCUAAGAGCUACAUUACAGAUUUUUUCAACAGGAAGUAUCACAGUAACAGGGCCCAAUGUAAAGGCCGUCGCUACUGCUGUGGAACAGGUAUACCCGUUUGUGUUUGAAAGCAGGAAAGAAAUUUUAUAAGUCAUCACGUAAUUGGUUAGAAUCCCAAACUGAGCACCUUUUAAAUCCUGCUGCACAUUGGACUCAAAAGGAAAACUGGACCAACAGUAAUUGAGGAAAUAGACUCUUUUAUUCAUUCACGGCUACAGCGUAAGCUCCAGUCCCUUUGGAUUUUAUUUCAAACCUUGCUGUAAUAUAAAAAGGAAGUUUACAAGACAUGACAUUGCUGCUUUUACAAAAGGACAUUCUAUUUAUUUUCGCAGUAAUUUCAUGUCCCCACGAGCAGAGCUGUCACAGUGUGCACUACCUUAAAGUGUUUUGUUGUUAUCAUUAUUUUUUUCCAGUUUGAGCUGAUGUGUUUUAUUUGUGAAUAGUCUUUUACAUUUUUGUAUGCUGAAUAUGGGCACCAAAGAACCUGUAAAAGUUAUCUUUUUCAAUUGAAUGUGCACAAAUAAAAGUUUGUAAAAGA